GCUUUGCAUCCUCCUUUCCGUGUAAUUCAAAUUUACGAAUUUUAUUUCGAAGUUUGUUCAAAUUUAUUUCGAGGUUUGUUUAAGAACCAGAAGAUUAUAUCAACAUUCAUUCGAUUAUUGUCCUGUGAAUGGCUCGUAUGUUUAGUUCGAGUCUCACGUCUCGUAUUUUCAGAUCAUAAUGGUAGUCGAAAAGAGCGCCAAUGGACUACAGCUAAGUAAUGAAGAGCUUCAGCAACUGCUGAAUAAAUUGUCUACCGAUGAGCGGAAUGAACUUACCGGGAAACUGCGGCAGUGCACACAAGAGAUGACGAUGACCCGUGGUAUACCAAUCACAGCUGCUGUUUUGGGCUCUCUAUACUAUGCUCGUACUCGGCUUCCUGCACAGUAUCAUUUUGGCCCAAAGGGAUGGCCGUUUUAUGCGUUUUUGGGUGUUGGUACACUGACUGCUGUCAACGUUUUAUCGAUGGGAAAUUGUCGCGAUCGAGUUCAACCACUUGUGGCGCAGUUAUAUCAAAAGUAUCAUAUUGGCCAGUCAACUAACAGCUACGAUGCCAUCAGACGGCGCCAUCGUGAAGAAUACGGGUAUCCAGCUUCGGACAUGGCAACCACUCCUGUGCAAGCAAGGGGAUACAGCGACAUGCAGAGUCCUACUGAUCGGCCAGUUGGCAAAUAUGGCGUCAUGCAAGACAGAAGCGAAAGAUAUGGCGAUAUGCGGGCUCCUGAUCGUUCUGGUGGCAGAUAUGGUGAUAUGCGCGGUCCUACUGACCGCUCUGGUGGAAGAUACGGCGAUAUGCAGACUGAUCCAUAUGGAACUGCUACGGAUCAGAUGCCAUCAAUGACUGGAAAGCCUAGUGAAGGCUUUGACCGGACAUAUGAUUUCACACCAGCAGGCACUUUUUCCGACUCCCAACCAAAAAAGCCAACUUCGCAGGAUUACAUGUACGAUAUGGAUGCCCCAUCAUACAUGUCUGGUACGCCCACGACGCCAAGAUCUUCUCAAGGAUCAGAGUGGCGAUAA